AUGGUGCAUCUUGGGCGGCGCGCCGGAGACGAGGACGACGCGCCUCCCAUCGCGGAUCACCGGGACGACGACGACGACAUGUCUGAUUCUGACCCCGAGAGGGGACGCCUGCUUCAUCAUGACGACGAUGAUGGUGUUGAUACAGAGAGCCGCUCGGACGCUGAGCGGCUUGAGAGCUGGCAUGAGGAGCACCGCCGUCGUGAGACGAGACGAUGGAGCUACCUCGUCAUGGUCAUCAGCACCAUCGCAUUAACUACAGUCCUCGGCUUCUGGGUCCGCAAUGGAACUCGACCGGUUGGGUGUGAGUAUGAUGGGAGCUGUAAUGACAUCUCUCGGCUCUGGGGGCAGUACUCUGCAUACUUCUCAAUCCCGUCUGAGCUUGAUGCUUCAACCCCAGGCGAGUGUGAUGUGACGUUUGCACUCGUCUUGUCCCGUCAUGGGGCCAGAUACCCAACCGCCAGCAAGUCUGCAGCAUACAACGCUACCAUUGCCCGCAUCCAAAAGUCUGCCACUAUGUAUGGCAAGAACUACAAGUGGCUCAAGGAAUAUACCUACACCCUGGGUGCUGAAGACCUGACUGAGUUUGGCCAGCAGCAGAUGGUCGACUCUGGCAGGGCCUUUUAUGAACGGUACAUGGGACUCGCCGAGAAGACGGAGCCGUUUGUUCGGGCAUCGGGCUCGGAUCGGGUCAUCAUGUCGUCUUACAACUUUACACAGGGCUUUUAUGCAUCGCGAGGAGAGUCUGGAGACGAUUAUACUCGGGAUGUCCUCAUCAUCCCUGAGGAACCUGGCGUCAACAACACCAUGUCGCAUGGAUCGUGCGCCUCAUUUGAAAGCGAUAAAGUUCCCAAAGACGCAGACGAAAAGGCCGAAGUUGCGUGGGGAGCGAGAUUCCUCCCCGAGAUUCGAAAUAGGUUGAAUCACCACCUACCAGGAGUCAACCUGACGCUGGAGGAAACCAUCUACAUGAUGGACAUGUGCCCGUUCCACGCGGCCGACACUCCCGACGGCGCUGGUCACUCGAGGUUCUGCGACCUCUUCACUAAGGCAGACUGGCGAAGUUACGACUACUACAUGACCCUAAGCAAGUUCUACAAGUUUGGCAACGGCAAUGCCUUGGGGCCGACACAAGGUGUUGGAUAUGUCAACGAGCUCGUCUCACGCUUGACAGGGCAGCCUGUUGACGACCACACCACGACCAACAGCACAUUGGACUCAUCACCAAAGACGUUCCCUCUUGACCGGGCCCUUUACGCAGACUUUAGCCACGACAACAGCAUGGUCUCCAUCUUCUCGGCACUGGGCUUGUACAACUCAACCACCCUGCUGCCAAAGGACCACAUUGUGCCCGCCAUCAAGGCACACGGCUACUCAUCAACAUGGGUAGUUCCUUUUGGAGCACGAAUGUACGUCGAGAAGCUCGAGUGCGGCGCCAUCAGGAAUGAUAAGAGGGACGAGUACGUGCGAGUCCUGGUCAACGACCGUGUGAUGCCGCUAGAGACCUGCGGAGGCGACGAGUACGGUCUCUGCAGACUAGAAGACUUUGUGGAGAGUCUGUCGUUUGCCGCCGCGGGAGGUCACUGGGAUCGAUGCGGUGGAUAA